CAUCCACCCACUACUCGCCAUCCACCGCCUUCCCUCAGCCCGCGACACUUGAUUCAACCACUAUGGCGGGACGCGUUGCGCCAGUCCCGCCGUUCGUGGAUCUUCCGUCGUUGCCCCGCCCACAGGUGGUCGACGAGGGCGGGUUCGAGCUCACCGACGAGCAGAUCGAGGCGCUGGCUGCACAGGUCACUGGGGAUGACAAGCACGCAGACGAGGAAGAGGAGGAGAAGGAGGAACAUGAGUCUGCGCAUGUUUCUGUUGCCGAGGGUGACGAACCCGAAGCACGGCAGCCUCUGCUAGGCCUGGACCAAAGGUGAGUGUCCAGCAGAACACGUCCUCUCCUGUCGCCUGUCGCACGUCGUGGGUGCAAGUAUCCAGCC